AUGAUCAAUUAUCUUUUGAGCCAUUGGCGCCAUUUGAUGAACCCUCGUCAGGUGUCUGGCUGGCGUGAUCGUCGAUUUUUCCCAUACGUGCUGGCACACGAGAUCGGCCACGCGUUGGGUCUGCAACAUGCGAAGAAGCAGGAGGCCAUUAUGUAUCCGUACUACAAAAAUACUCCCUUGGAUGAGAUCAAACUCGACCUGGACGAUAAAUGCGCCAUUAACUGGAAUUACGUGGGAACAUCGAAGUUCUGCCUGUUCGUGUGGUUGAUGAGUGAGAUCGUGCCGAUCCACAACAAUUCCGAUCAAAUGGCGUCCAGCAAUCAUUUGAACAAUAGCCCGAAGCAACGAAUUAAAGCCGCAAAGCGAAUUUUAAAACAAAAGCUAGCCUGCACGAACUAUUUUCUUCACUUCUACAACUUUCAGAAGACUAGAAUUCCACGAUGUCUUGCUUCGAACGAUAUUCAAUGGCUGAUAGAAGCAAAACUACAAAAAUUUCUACAUUUUCCUGCAGUGGAAUCAAAAACGUACAGUGAAGUGUUGUGUAAUUUUCUGUUGGGCUUGCACGCGUACAGAGGUAGCCCCGACUAUGUAUCUAGCGAUUCGCUUGAGAAAGAAUUCAAUGGAGUGAUGAAAGAGGUUUCCGAAUUUGGCCCAGUAUCAUCCGCUUCUGUUCGGCGAAUGGCGCGAGGAGCUUGGAGACGACUGGAACAUGGUCGACCUUCCGUCCUAGGUUAUCCUUCGUAUUUCGAUGACAAAUUCUUCAACAAAUUUCUUCCCGAGUAUUUACAAUUACAAUAG